CCCAGGAGUCCUGGCUCCCAGCGCCCCACUCCCUACAUGCAGGGAUUGUCCUUGACUCCCCACGGAGCCCCCACCCCCGCUCCCAGCCAGCCCCAGUGUGCAGCAGGCCGGGGUGUGCGGGGUUAAUGCUCCCCCCUCCAGCGCCUCCCGCCAGGCUCACCCUGCUAUUACAGGCCUGGCCCCGGCUCCCCUGCACACGUGUUCCCAGCCGGUGCGGGCGGAGCCGCCGGCAGCCCCCACGCAGGGCACUGCCAUGGGGCCUGGGGCCACAGCGCUGGGGGCCCUGCUGCUGCUGCUGGGCCAGGACCCCUGGGUCCUCCCCCACCCCCAGUGCCUGGACUACAAGCCGCCCUUCCAGCCCCCCCAGCCCCUGGCCUUCUGCCCCGAGUACUCGGCCUUCGGCUGCUGCGACGGCCGGCGGGACGCUGAGCUGAGCGCCCGGUUCCAGGUGUUGGGCAGCUUCCUGGACCCCGCCGGCUUGCAGAGCUGCGGGCACUUCCUGCGUGACCUGGUGUGCCAGGAGUGCUCUCCCUACGCUGCCCACUUGUACGACGCGGAGGAUGUGAGCUCCCCAGUGCGGGCGCUGCCCGGCUUGUGCCCCGCGUACUGCACGGCCUUCUGGCUGCGGUGCCGCUCCGUGCUGAGCCUCCUGACCGAGGACCCUGCCAGCCUGGCGCUGGAGGGCGACCGCGCCCGCUUCUGCGGCGCCCUGGAGCUGGGCGACCCCACCUACUGCUACCCGGCAGUGCUGGACAGCACGGCCCUGAGCCAGGGGUUGGGCCGGGUGCGGGAGGGCGCCCGCGGCUGCCUGCAGCUCUGCCUGCGGGAGGUGGCCAACGGGCUGCGUAACCCCGUGGCCAUGGCGCACGCCGGGGACGGCUCCCACCGCUUCUUCGUGGCCGAGCAGCGGGGCUGCAUCUGGGUCUUCCUGGCCAACGGCUCACGGGCCGCGCGCCCCUUCCUGGAUCUGCGGGCGGUCGUGCUCACCUCGCCCUGGGCGGGCGACGAGCGGGGCUUCCUGGGCCUGGCCUUCCACCCCCGCUUCCGCGCCACCCGCACCUUCUACGUCUACUACUCCGCCCACGCCGGGCCCCACGAGACCAUCCGCGUCUCCCAGUUCCGCGUCUCGGCCCACGACCCCAACACCGCCGACCCCCGCUCCGAGAGGAUCCUCCUGGAGGUGCUGGAGCCGGCGUCGAACCACAACGGGGGGCAACUGCUGUUCGGGGCCGACGAGCUGCUCUACAUCUUCACAGGGGACGGGGGGCGAGCGGGGGACCCCUUCGGAGCCUUCGGCAACGCCCAGAACAAGUCGUCCCUGCUGGGCAAGGUGCUGCGGAUCGACGUGGAGCCGGAGGCCGACGGCCCCCCCUACCGCAUCCCGCCCAACAACCCCUUUGUGGGGGAGCCUGGGGCCCAGCCCGAGGUCUACGCCUACGGGGUGCGGAACAUGUGGCGCUGCUCCGUGGACAGGGGCGACCCUGCCAGUGGCGCCGGGCGCGGGCGCAUCUUCUGCGGGGACGUGGGCCAGAACAAGUAUGAGGAGGUGGACGUCAUCGUGCCGGGCGCCAACUACGGCUGGCGGGCGAAGGAAGGGUUCGCCUGCUACGACCAGGCACUGUGCGCCAACGCCUCACUCGAUGACGUCCCCCCCAUAUUCGCCUAUUCGCACGAGCUGGGGCGCUCGGUGACGGGGGGCUACGUGUACCGGGGCUGCCACAGCCCCAACCUGCACGGCCUCUACAUCUUCGGGGACUUCAUGAGCGGGCGCCUGAUGUCGCUGCGGGAGGAGGCUGGCUCCGGGCGCUGGCACUACAAGGAGCUGUGCAUGGGCCAGGGCCAGACCUGCGCCUUCCCCGGCCUCCUCAACCACCACGUGCCCCACAUCAUCUCCUUCGCCGAGGACGAGGCCGGGGAGCUCUAUUUCCUCGCCACGGCCAUCGCCAGUGCAGCCGUGCCGGCUGGGAUCUUGUACCGGAUUGUGGACCCCUCCAGGCGGGCAUCCCCCGGACAGUGCGGGAUCAGCCCUGUGCCCGUCGCCAUCCAAGGGAAACUGAUCCACUUCCGCCCAACACAGAAAUUCAUCACACCGGCCCCACCGCCCGCAGUGACCACCCCACGGCUUGGCACCGGCUCAGAACCAAUGGGAACAGCUGGACCCCCCCUGGCACCUGCCACCCAUCCCCUGGGCCACACACACCCCUGCACAGGCCCAGAGCCCUUGGCCCUGCCCACCCCUCGGCCCAGCCCAGCUGUACCGGCCAGGCCCCCGGCUCGCCCAGACUGUGGGGUGCUGCAGGCACGUCCCACACCCCGGCCAGAGCCGAGGCUGCCCCCCACCACCCCCAACUGGUACCAGCAGCUGCUGGAGCGUCUGGAGGCCAAGAGCAGCCCACAAAGCCGCGCCUCCCGGCCCCCCAGCACCCACCAUCCCCCCAGCACGGGGCCACCCCCCACAACCCACCCAGCCCCCAACCCCCAUCUUUCCCCCAGCCCCUGGCUGCCCCCCAACCCCUAUCUUUCCCCCAGCACGGGGUGGCCCCCCACCUCCCACCCAGCCAACCCCCACCUUUCCCCCAGCACGGGGCCACCCCCCACAACCCACCCAGCCCCCAACCCCCACAUUUCCCCCAGCACGGGGUGGCACCCCACAACCUCCCCAGCUCCCAACCUCCAUCUGCCCCACAGAACGUUGCCACCCCCUGCCACCCCCCACCCUCCCAGGCGAGCGGCUGGGCACCACCCCAGGAAGAGGGGACCCCGGAGGCGGCUGGGGGCAAAGGGCCCCGCCCGGCAGCUGCCCCCUGGCACGGUGCGGCUGGUGCACAGGGGUGCAGCACCUGGGCGGGGUCGGCUGGAGAUCCUGGUGGGGGGCCAGUGGGGCACAGUCUGUGAUGAUCAGUUUGACGGGCGGGCGGCCGCUGUGGUGUGCCGGCAGCUGGGCUACGAGCGGGCGCUGAGGGUGGCGCGCCGGGCGGAGUUCGGGCAAGGGGCCGCGCUGCCCAUCCUGCUGGACGACGUGCGGUGCCAGGGCUCGGAGCGCAGCCUGCUGGAGUGCCGGAGCGCCCCCCCCGGGCAACACGACUGCGCCCACAGCGAGGACGUGGGGGUGGUGUGCGGGGACCCGGAGCGCCAGGGGCGGCCGAGAGGGAGCAGAGGGGCCCACGGCCUGUAACUUCUGCCUCCUUCUUGCCUCCCGGGGCUCUGGAGGGGGGGCAGGGUUUGGGGGCUGGGCUGGGGUGACAGGGCCCAGCCCCCCGGGCCCCUACUCCCCCCACAGCCACGUGGCCCAGAGCCCCCCCCCCCCGCGACAGCUGCUCAGGGUUCCUGCUUCCCUUUUAUAGUGGGGGGCUUCUACCCCUACCCCUGGGGGGGGUCGGUUCUGACGGGGGGGGGUGGAGAGCCAGGACUCCUGGGUUCUAUCCCCACCGCUGGGAGGGGGGGCCGUGGAGAGCCAGGACUCCUGGGUUCUAUUGUUGGCUCUACCCUGCCUUGAGCGAGGGCACAGGGCGCGUAGGGCCAGGGCCAGGUGAGAAUAAUACCACGGCGCCAGCUCCUUCCAGCAAUGUUUUAUUCAGACUCCUGCUGACCAUCCGUGGUGGGUGCCA